AAAAUCUGAAUUGGAUCUAGAUCGCUAGGGUUUUAGGGUUUAAGCGUGGUGGCGACAGAAAUGGAAGCAAGGCAGCUCCUCAAGGACAAGAGAUUCUGGGUCGCUUCUUUCCUGAUUGCCUGGGCAGCUGCUCUUCAGGGGCAUAUGAUGUGGUUACAGAGGCAAGACUCCUUCAAGCAGAAGUUUGGGACGAUUGAGCAGAGCGCCAGUACCAGCAGCAGCAACGAUGAUGAUGCAAAAGAAGAAUGAAUCCUCCUUGAACCCAUUUCUUUUGUGAAGUCCGAAGCUUUCAUGGAGCUUUGCCCCAAUUGGGUUGUUCUUUCGUUCUCAGACCGAGAUCAGACUGAUUGUACCAUACUUUUUUUCUUUAUGGGUCAAUAAAAAGUAAUUAGGAUG